CAGUGGAUGACGUUCGGUCCGCGCGUAGUAUACGUAUUAACGUAGUGUAGGCCUUGUUAUGUCUACGUAGAGUCAACAGAAAUACGAGUUAAGUUAAGCGGGAAUAUUCGACCGGCGAACGGCCAACACGCUGGGGGUCUCAUCGCCCGUUCGGCGUACCGUGUUUGUACGAAAAUCGCGAUGUUCCAAAUAAUAACUGGUAGAUUGUGAAUUGGUGCGAUAACUCGAUUUACAAUACGAUAAAAUUACGAACGCAACAAUGGCUACAAAAAAUACUAGAAGCAGUGUUUUAUUAUUGUGCAUAUUACAUUGUGUCACAAGUUUCAACUUAGAACCGAGGAUUCCUGUGAUAAAGUUUGGCGAGCCCGGCUCGUAUUUUGGAUUUUCUGUCGCUGAACAUCUCACCAUCGACGUUAAUAACAAAACAAAAAGUUGGCUGCUUGUUGGUGCUCCUCUUGGCCAGAAUCUACAACCAAACACAACGAAGUCAGGUGCGCUUUGGAAAUGCAGUGUAAGCACUUCACCCGGCGACUGCGAACAAAUCGUAACCGACGGAAAGAGAACGAAGUACGGCAAGAUAAAUACGAGUCUUGAUUCCUUCCAUUUGACUGAGCCGCAUCCCGACGAGAUCAAGGACGGUCAGUGGCUGGGAGUUUCCGUAAGAAGCCAGGGAGCGGGUAAAAAAGCGGUUGUUUGUGCUCACAGAUAUAUACGCAAAUCCGGGGAGUCACAAUUUGGUCAAGGGCUCUGUUAUACGCUAAGUAACGACCUCCAGUUGAUCGAUGUGUGGGAGCCAUGCCGAGGUCGCUCUGUACAAAGAGAACACGAAGAAUUUGGUUUUUGUCAAGUUGGAACGAGCAGUUCACUUCUUGAAGAUGAUACCUUAGUCCUGGGCAGUCCUGGUCCUUACACGUGGAGAGGCACUAUAUUCACUCAAGAUACCAACGAUGAUUUGUUGGAAAGAGACCAUGUCGUGUAUAUGGCGCCAGUCGAAGACGGUGUCAGUCCUGUUGAAAAGUACAGUUAUCUUGGCAUGUCGGUAUCAGGCGCCAGUUUCUUCGGGUCUGAAGCUUCUUACGCGGCGGGCGCACCCAGAGCUCAUGGAACUGGACAAGUCGUGUUAUUCAGUAAACCUAAAAUUGAUGACUGGACUCGCAACGAUGUCGAUAUCCUUAAUUUAAUUUUCAUUCUUAACGGCGAGCAGUUCGGCUCCAGUUUUGGAUAUGAAGUCGCAGCCGCUGACGUUAAUGGCGAUGGGUUACCAGAUCUUUUGGUUGGAGCGCCAUUUUAUUUCUCCCGAGAUGCUGGCGGUGCUGUUUACUUAUAUAUUAAUGAAAAACAUAACCUGCCUCAACAGUAUAGUUUAAAAUUAACUGGCAAACCCGAAUCCCAGUUUGGUAUUGCUAUUGCCAAUACAGGGGACUUAAAUAAAGAUGGCUGUGAUGACGUAGCAAUAGGAAGUCCGUAUGAAGACAACGGCGUGGUCUAUAUUCACAUGGGUGACAGAAAACAGGGCUUAAAAACAAAACCUGAACAAAUUAUAAAGGCGGAAUCGUUACCGAUAUUAAUGAAGACUUUUGGUUAUUCUCUUUCUGGCGGAAUGGAUCUUGACGCUAAUGGUUAUCCGGAUUUACUAGUUGGUGCUUAUGAAAAUAGUAGCGUCGCUCUUAUUCGGACAAAACCAAUAAUCGAUAUAAAAACUUCUAUCCGUCCAUCAAACACAAUCAUAAAUAUCGAUCCAACGAUCCAAGGUUGCCAAAAAGACCCGACAUCGAAUUACACGUGCUUUCAUUUUCAAGCAUGUUGUAUUAUUAAAUCUCUCGUGAGAUCUGUUCAAAGCAACACUCACGAAUUGAAUUACGUCAUCGAAGCAGAAACCUUCCCUGGCGGUCGAAAGUAUUCCAGAGUUUUCUUUGACUCUGAUAAAUCGAAUAUUGUAAAUAAAACUAUACACCUCGGCAAAGACGUAGAAGACUGCAGAGAGCAUGUCGUUUACUUAAAAAAUAAUACUAGAGAUAUACAAACACCAAUCAAAUUUCAAGUCACUUAUAAGAUAGUCCACAUUCAGCCUCAAUACUCAAAUGUGGGUGCCCUUCCAAACAUUGAUGACUAUCCAGUAUUAAAUGCUACAGCCAGAACAUCUUUUAACGCAAAUUUCCUAAACGACUGUGGUCAAGAUGGCAUUUGUGUUAGCGACUUAGUCGUAUCGCCAGUGCUGCUGUUACCGAAAACUAAAGAUGGUAAGGCAUACGCUCUUACACUGGGCCAAGAGGAAGAAAUCAAACUUUCGAUAAAUGUUGAUAACUAUCAAGAAUCAGCUUACGAAGCGCAAUUAUUUGUGCAGCAUCAUGCCAGUUUGCAUUAUAUUGCCGCUAAUAUCACUGGCAAGCACAUGAUUUGUACCAGCCUUAACAAAACAACGGUGUCUUGUUUACUAGAGAAUCCGUUUAAAAGGCAGCCAGAAGGAAACCCGCCGAUUACUAUGAGGUUCGACGCCAGAACAUUAGAAGACAAUGAACCUUCUGUAAUCUUCUCCGUUUGGGCAAAUUCUACGUCCAAAGAGCUCAAACCUGAUAAAAAGCCUGUUCAAGUUGAAGCACUAGUAAUCAAAAAUGCUGAAUUAUCGAUUAAAGGAGCGGCGCGGCCUGAGCAAGUGUUCUAUGGAGGCGAAGUGAAGGGAGAAUCCGCCAUGACUUACUUUGAUGAUAUCGGCACGAGAGUAAUACACACAUAUCAGGUAUUUAACGAGGGUCCUUGGCGAGUCUCAUCCGUGCAAGUGGUCAUAUCUUGGCCUCAUCAAGUUGCAUCCGAAAAUUCACAAGGAAAAUGGCUAUUGUACCCCGAAGAUGUACCUACUGUCGAUGGAGAAGGAUAUCAAAGCAAUGGAGAAUGUUUUAUAUCCGAGUCUGAAAUAAAUCCUCUAAAAAUAACGCCUCGUCCAGGAGUAGCUGAACCUUACCUUGAAAAUCUUGAAAUGGAUCCUUUCCUUACAUCUGGCAAGCUAAGCGUUAGUUCGAACGAAAAGGAACACAAUUCAACGAGAAUAACCAAUCACAUCGUCGGUUACAAUAGUGGGGCUGAAAAUAAGAUGCGCCGUAAGAGAGAAAGUGACAUUGUGAAAGCUGAAGCUUAUACCGACAAGGAUGGUCAAAGAAAGCAUGUUGUUAAUAUGAACUGCCAAAAGAAGACUGCAAAGUGUAUUCAAUUCCAAUGCGUGAUAUAUCGUCUAGGCCGCAUGCAGGCCACCACCAUCACCGUCAAAGCUCGUCUGUGGAACUCCACACUCGUUGAAGACUAUCCUAGAGUCAGCCACGUUAACAUUGCUUCUACCGCAUAUAUACACAUCCUCGACGAUUAUAACAUACACCAAAACAAGAACCAAGACGACUCAACAACGGUGGUCACCGUUGCUUAUCCAGAUUUGAAAAUCAGUGAACCGUCAGAGGUUCCUUUGUGGGUGAUUAUUGUUUCUGUAAUAGUUGGACUAAUAGUUCUAGUGCUUCUUAUAAUUGCUCUUUGGAAACUCGGCUUCUUCAAGAGAAGUCGACCAGACCCGACAUUGUCUGGUAAUCUAGAAAAAAAUAACCACGAAUCGAGCCCGUUCAUUGGUCGCGACAGAAAUAGUAUUCGAUAGCCGUUAAAUUGUAAUUCCAAACUAGUGGAAGUCCAGGAACUAAAGUUUUGAAGUGGAACUAUGUACAUAGAUAAGGAAGCUGUUGUAGAAUGUUUCGUAUGCGUAAGCGAUGGUAUGAAUAAGUAUAAUUUAAAAUAUCAUUUGACUGUGAUGUCUUCGUAGAGGAAUUAUUGUCUAAGUAUGUGAUGUUAUGGCCACGACGUUAUGUUUUGUUGAUGUUAUGCACGAGUCCCAUGAGAGAAACGUUUAUUUGUAAUUGUUUUUAUUUGCAUUUCCGUAGUGAGUAUUAUGAAAAUAAUAAGAUUUUAUGAUUGUUUUAUAUAUUCGAUGAAUAUGUGCUAAUCUGUAAAUAUGUACUUGCCCUUAUUAUUUAUGAAAUUUUAAUUUAGGAUUCCAUGAUACGACUAGAUUUUUUACUAGUCAGUAAUGCCUAUAACAUAGGUGCAUAGGUUUUUGUAGGAUCUACUUAAAGUAUUUGAUAGUCGAAAUAUUAUACAUGUAGCUGUCCUAAUGAAAAUUAAUUGCUUACAUUUACUUAUCAGUACUUAAACGUUAUGAUUAAAUUUGAAGAUUUAUUUCAAAUUACUAAGAAAGUUGUGUACUUUUAUUAAGCGGGUAAUAUUAGAUGAUGUUAUUCCAUAUUCAAAUGUAAAACAAUGUUUUUAUUAACCAAAAUUUACUAUUUUAAUGUUAUUUGCUUAAACAUAAAUAUGUACAAUAUUAUCAAUUAAGUAGUAUUUAUAGUAGAUUUUUUACUAGACUUUAUAUAAAAAUUUCGCGCAUCAAAAAUUGUACACUUCAUUCAUAUACAUAUAUUUUUAAUUAUUUUUUAUGUCUACUGACAAAUUUUAUUUUAUUUAUGAUAAUAUAUAUAUGUAAUAAAUGUGACUGUUACUGAAUUUUGAAAAU